AUGAAAAGUGUUCAUGAAAAAGUUGAACUUAUUGGUCCCACUAAUUUUUACAUAAUGAGCCUGUCAAAGUAUUUGAUACUUUUGUAUCGCGGUGAAACUGUGAAAAAAUGUUUUAAACACAUUGAAGAGGAUUGGAAAUUUUGCUCAAUUCAUGAAAAUUAUCGUCAAAUUAUGUUAAAGAAUGCACACUAUGGAAGAUAUUUAAUAAUUUUGUGUGCUAUUUUUAUGUAUUGUGGAGGUUUUGGUUAUCAUUUGGUACGUCCAUUGGUGUCGGAGAAAAUAAUCACUCAUGAGAAUAUAACAGUGAUACCAUAUCCAGCACCAGUUUAUGGGAAAUUUUUGAAUACUGGUUACAGUCCGUAUUAUGAAAUUAUUUUCAUUUUGUUACUUGUCGCUGAUUUUGUUCUAUUUUCUGCGACUGUUGUGCCAUUUAGUUUUGCAUCAGUUUUGACACUACAUGCCUGUGGACAAUUGGAAAUUGCCACAAUUUAUUUGAAUGAUCUUGUUAGUGAAACGAGGAAGGAAACAAAUUUUGCUCAUGAAAGAUUGAUUAUUAUUAUAAAUUCACAUUUGAGAGUUUUGAGUUUUGUCUCUCAACUGGAGCAAUUACUGAAUGAAAUAUGUUUGAUCGAAGUUGUGGGAUGUUCAAUGAAUAUGUGUUUAGUCGGUUCUUAUAUAAUAGAGAGUUGGAAGAAGGAUGAUUUAACUGCCACUAUUUCGUAUGCGGUCAUUCUUUUAUCGUUCACUUUUAAUAUUUUUAUCUAUUGUUAUCUGGGAGAAUUGUUAACUACUCAGGCGACAAAACUUGGCGAGAAGGGUUACAUGAUUGAAUGGCAUCGACUGCCAAGAAAAAUAUCACUGGAUUUGUUACUUUUCAUUAGAGUUUGUCAAUUUCCAGCAAAAAUUACUGCUGGAAAAGUUGUGACACUCUCAAUGGCUACAUUCAGUAAAGUAUAUUUAUUGGAUUGCAGGUAAUUAAAUCAUCUGCGGCAUAUUUCAAUGCACUCUGGAAACUG